AUGAGAUCACCGCAGUCAUUGCUCCUGUUGUUCAAAAGGAGGCACUCCUAUAUCACAACACCGAUUUUUUACGCCAAUGCCGCACCUCACAUUGGACAUCUUUACACCGCUGUCCUGUCAGACGCUGCUAGUCGUUGGCAGAAGUUGAGAGAUCCGGACGGUGUCCAUACAUUUGUCUCAGGCACUGAUGAACAUGGAAUCAAGGUGAUGUUUCCUGCAUGUUAA